AUGCCUGAUAGAGGAGGCAGAGAAGGGCAGCGCACUGACCGUCGCCGUGGAGGCGGCGGCGGUGGUGGUGGUCGCGGUGGUGGUCACAGAGGAAAUUUCCGAGGCAACAGACGCGGCGGCCGUGGCGGCAGUAACAACAGAGCAGACAAUGGGGGUACAGACAGCCCCAUGUCCAUAGACCUCGACGAGACACCCUCCCACACGCCUCCGCAGCAGGCCACCACCGACUACAAGCCGCCGCUGACCGAGGCGGUGCCGCUCGACACGCCGCGCUUCGCCGACCUCGCCGGGCAGAACCUCGUCCAUCCGCUGCUGAUCCAGACUAUUACCGAUGAUCUCAAAUUCAACCACAUGAUGCCCGUGCAGGCCGCGACCUUGUGGGAGCUCCUGCCCCCGAACCGCAGCGACUGCCUCGUACAAGCCAAGACAGGCACUGGCAAGACGGUGGCCUUUUUGCUGCCCGCGCUGCAAACCAUGCUGAGCAAGUCGCGCGGCGGCAACGGCGCCGAAUCCACCAUUUCGCUGCUCGUCAUCUCGCCGACCCGCGAACUCGCCAUGCAGAUCGCGGCCGAGGCGAGCAGCCUUCUGCAGCGGAUGCCGCGGUACAAGGUGCGCAUCGCCAUUGGCGGCACCAACAAGGACCGCGAGGAGCGCAUGCUGCACGAGGGCUGCGAUGUGCUCAUCGCCACGCCCGGCCGCCUGCUCGAUCACAUGGCCAACGAGGAUGUGUUGUAUGCGCUGCGCGCGCUCGACACGCUCGUGCUCGACGAGGCCGACCGGCUGCUCGACAUGGGUUUCAUGCCUGCCCUCCGCGACAUUGUCGGCAAGCUGCCCAACCGCGCCCAAGUGCCCCGCCAGGGCAUGCUCUUCUCCGCCACGAUUGCGCCGCACGUCAAGCAGGUCGCCGGGCUCGUCCUCCAGACUGGCUACAAGUUCAUCUCGACCAUUGCCGAGGGCGAGGCCGGCACGCACGAGCGCGUGCCACAGCACCUCAUCAAAGUUCCCUCCUUCUCCUCCGUCGCCGCCGGCAUGGUUGGCGCCGUGCGCGCCGAGGCCGCCAGAGAACCCAACCUGAAGGCGAUUGUCUUCGCACCCACCGCCGCCCUCGCCGGCCUCUACGGGCACGUGCUCGGGCAGAUCCCCGGCCUGCCGCCCGUGUCGACGCUGCACAGUCGCAUGACGCAGAACCGCCGCACCAAGGUGACGAAUGAAUACCGCGACGCCAAAUCUGCCAUUCUAACCGCGACUGACGUCGUCGCCCGCGGCAUGGACUUUCCCGGCGUCACGACCGUCUUCCAAGUCGGCAUACCCUCUGAGAAGCAGAGCUACAUUCACCGCCUCGGCCGCACUGCGCGCGCCGACGCCGAGGGCAAAGGCAUCUUUCUUAUUGCCGAGGCGGAGGCCUUCUUCCCCCGCUGGACGCUCAAGGAGAUUGCCUUUGUCCCGCAGGAAGCCGACCUGUCGGCCGCCCCCGAGAUUGAACGCAUCAUGGACGGCAUGGACGAGGAGGAAAAGGGCCAGAUUUACAAGGCUUGGCUCGGCUACUACAAUAACCACAUGAAGGGCCUGCACUGGGACAAGGAAGAGCUCGUCCGCCAGGCCAACACGUACGCCCGCGAGGGACUCAGCGCGCCCGAGACGCCGCCCAUUCAGAGGAGUACGGUUGGCAAGAUGGGGCUACGGGGGACCAGAGGUCUCAAUAUCGUCCCGGAUCGGGCCAAGCCGCCACGGGGACGGGGCGGCCGCGGUGGCCACUGA